UCUGCCCUGCUCACAUCAACAUCCCACUGCAAGAAAUAGCUGAGCUGCAGGUAAAGGUGAUUCCUGCCACAGAGGGACAGACAGUAACACUGAUGUGCAGCAGCAGCUGUCCUCUGACUGAAAAGCCUGCAGCCUACAUCUGGUACAAGAACAGAGAGUUUCUCUAUGAGGACUGGUCUCCCUGGUACCAAGAGCUGCUCAGCAGUGAGGAAGCAGUCACAUACUCCUGUGCUGUCAAAGGCUACGAGGAUCACAGAGCCCCUGAAGUCUCUGUGGAUUCCAUCACAGAGACCUGCUUCAGUGUGACCUAUGCUAAAGGGAGAAUGUGUUCUUCUCAGCAGACAUCAGUGGACGAGUCCUGCUCCAUCACAUAUCCCAGAGAAAUUCAUGUCCAGAGGACUCCUGCUGAACAAAGAUAUCUCAUCAGACUGACCUGUAACAGCAGCUGUUUUCUGACUGACCCUCUGAUUUCCUUUGUGUGGUAUGAGAACAGAAAGUCUACAGUGAAGGAGGGAAAACAGAUUCUAGUUUCCAGCUCUAAUCCAGACAGUUUGUCUUGUGCUGUAAAAGGUCUUGAGGAUGUGCGCUCUGCUGACGUCUGUGAUAAUGAUUCCUGCUGGAGGUUGAAUUAUGUCCACAGCAGAAUCUGUGCUCUGGAAGGAUCUUCAGUCAACAUCUCCAGUAAAUACUCACAUCCUGACUACGAGCAGAUACAGUCUAAAUGUUGGUAUAAAGUCAAGAGAGAAGCUGAACAGCUGACUGAGGAUGCAGAUCAUGUGGAGUAUGAUGACAGCAUGAAGAACCAACACAUCCUCAGAUUAAAGAAGCUGAAGAGAGAUGACUCAGCAGAAUACAGGUUCACCAUCACAACAGAAAAUGAAGAAGUGAAUCAGUCUGAUUUUCCUGGAGUUACUCUGAUUGUCACAGAGCUGAGAGUGAAGAUGAGUCCUUCUGCAGUGGUGACAGAGGGUCAGAGAGUCACACUGACCUGCAGUACCAGCUGUCCUCUGACUGACAACACAAACUACAUUUGGUACUUGAACAGUCGACCUCUGACCCCGAGAGAGAACCAGAACAAACAUCUGAUCCUAGACCCAGUCAGCAGGGAGGAUGCAGGAAGCUACUCCUGUGCUGUGAAAACCAACAAAGAUAUCAGCUCUGCUCCAAAGACUCUCACUGUCCAAAGUAUCACAGGAACAUGGACACCAGCAGCUGCAGGAGUUUCUGCAGCUCUGCUGCUUUUAAUACUUCUCACUGUCUGCUGGUGGAGGAGAAGAAAGAGGAAAUCUCACCAACCUACAAGAAAUGAAAAUUUGGAUGCUUUGGAGUAUGACGACAUCGCAGCUCAUCGAGGAGAGCAGGACCUGAACUACCAAAGACUCCACGUCUACAAGAAUGAAUCAGAUUCUCUCUACUCCACGAUUCCUCCAUCUCAGCCCCGAGAACAACAUCAUAUCCACUACAAUCCUGAAUCAAAGAGGACUUGCAGACAGUCUCCAAGAAGAACCUCAGACAACAAAGAGCAGAUGAACCCUGAAAGUAUCUCAGCUCAGUCAGCACAGCAGGAUGAUCAUCACUACAGCAGACUGCACUUCAGUGAGAAGCACACAGCUGAUCUCUACUCCACCAUCGAGCCACUGCCUGCUCACUAAAGAAGAGUUCGUUACCAUGGUGAUUUAAAGGAACAUUUUGUGGAGAGUUUGUGUCUGAAAUAACUUCAGUGUCACAGCAGAGACACCACAGCUGGUGUGUCUGUCAGUGGGUUUCACACUUUGUACUAAAACAGACAACACAGGAGAAUAACUAACAGAAAUAUAGAAAUACUUCAGCUUUUCACUUUAAAGAGGUCUAAUGAAAAUAGGAAACAUGCUAAUGAUAUUAUUUUGUGAGCUUUGGGUUGUUUCACUUUCUGGGUGCUCUGCAGCUUUGACUGUAAAAUUAUUAACUCUGUUUCUGACACAACGUAAAACAUCAAAGUCAUCACGUCUGCAGGUUUGACUUCUGUCAAGUGCUGUUUUUUUCUAAACCACAAAAUAACAACUAAACCUCACGUCUCUGUUCUCACUGUGAACACUGACAGCAGCUUCUUACAUUACAUGUAAUGUACAUUUACUUGCAUUACAUUUAAUAAUUUCCUAUGUGUAUUUUGUAAAAACUAAACAACAAAAAGACAAAAUGCAGCAAAGAAGAAAACAAAUUCUAAGGAACAUUUAAUAUCAUGUCAGUGCAUCGAUUCUCCACUAAAGGGCUCUGCUUCAUGGGAAAGACAUAUGAGGAAGUGAUGCUUUUAAUGCUGAAAGCAGUUUGUCUGCAGACACACUCACACAGGCCACUUCUUUUUAACCAAAAAAAACCAAAACAAAACAUUCAUCUGAAAAUGGCAUAAGGGCUGAAAUGUAAACAAGUAAUAGAAGCAACUUCAUAACAGAUUUUCAAUGCUGGGUGACUAUUUUUUUUUUUAGACAUCAUUAGCAUAAAAUAAAUACCAGAGUCUUUAUAGCCAGUCUUCAAACUCACCAGCUUUUUUGAACUAACUGUGGGAUCUUCUAAAAGUUAACUUUAUGUAUAACACACAUCUGUGCUCCACAAUAAAGUUUUUAGAACUUUUUUCUUAACUCUUCCAAACACGUUAAUUCAAGAUUCUUUCUCUUUACGUCUACAAUGCUAACUUGCUAGCAUAAUGUGGCAAACUAGCUCUGAACUGGUAUUGAUACUGUAAUGAAAAUAUUAUUUUUGUUUGCAUUUUUUUCUAAUCAAUUACUGUCAUAAUUAAAUUGCCUGGAUAAAUUGGUUGGGUGAGAUAACUUUGAUUCCCCCAAAAUAGAAGAAGCACAAUGAAAAUACCUCUACAAGUCUCAGUUAGUAUGUUAAACAUUAAAAACGUUAAAGUCCAGACCUCAAACUGAAAUGCUGUGAUGGGGCCGUGAUAGAGCUGUACAUAAACAAAUGCCCUCGAUCCUCAAUGAGCUCAAAUAAUGUUGCAAAGGAGAGUGGGCCAAUAUUCCUUCACAUCAAUGUGAAAGACUGUUAAAGUAAAACCAAAAAUAAGUUAUUAAAGUAAAAGAAUGUGUCGGCCCUGCGUCAGAUUGGUGACAAGUCUGGGGUGCACCCUGCCUCUUUCCCUAUGUUAUGGAUAGGCUCCAGCUCUCAGCAGAAGGGGAUGGAUGGAAGUGAAGGAAUAAAGUCCGGCUCUCAAGACUGACCUGAAUGACUGAGAUCCACAGACAACAUUUAACCCACUGCUGUUUUACUGUUUCAUGAGCAAAAUGUAAAUUGGGACAAAGAAAGGAAAGGAACCAAUUUGUGAAUUAAAAGUCACAAAACCUGAAAAGGCAGAUUUUUGAGAACCAGUUCAAAUGUGCUUCAUGUUCAGAAGAAAAUACUUUUAUUUCAUUGUGUUUGUUUGUUGAUCUGCAAAGACAAAAAAAAAAAACUAAAAUAUGUUUAAGGAUGAAAUUUAUUGUUUCACUUUUAAUCCAAAAUAUUUGUUACAUGUUCAUGAAUAUAAAGUCUUAUUGAUAUUCUAUCCUGAAACUAUCCUGGAUUUUUAAUGAAGAUAUUUUUGACUUUACAGGAAAUUGAGCUGCACUGUUUGUUUGUUUGUUUGUUUGUUUGUUUGUUUGUUUGUUUGUUUGUUUGUUUGUUUGUUUGUUUGUUUUCUUUAUUAGAGUCUUUGGAACAAUUUUGCUCUACAGUUUUGCUGGCAUGUUGAGCAAAGCCUGAUAUAAUGAUGACUUUGUAAUGUGUGAAAGAUACUUUAAGAGAGAUAUGCACAUAGAUAAAGCACUGUUUUUGAGGCUUCCUCUUAUUUAGUAUGAGACAGAGCCUGAGAGCGAUUGUCUCAAGAUUAAGGUUGAUGUGUUGUACAGUCUCUACGUGUCCACAGCCUGAUCAUUGAGUCUGAAAUUUACAAAAAUGAUGCAUUAAUUAAAAAAACUAAAAUAUGUGGCAAAGCACAGAAAGCAGUUGUAACAUAUGCAAUACACACGGUGUUUGUGUUCACAAGUAAUGCUUUUGUUUGACUGCUCAGCAUACAGGAAGCAGUCCAUUCCGGUCCAGCGCGCCUCCCGCUCAACUCUGCCGUCACUAUAUAGACAAACAGAAAGGAAACACUGUCAUCAACAAUCGCCACCACCUGUGGCUCACCUGCCUCCCAGUAAAUAUAAAGAAACUGUGUAAGAAAGUAUGCAUCCUGUUUGUUGUGUUGUACAGCCCACUGUCUUUCUUUUCUUUUCACUUACUGCAAGAGAACAACUUUGAAAAACUGAUUUGCAGUGUAAAUGUGUAGUUAAACUUCUUUACACUGACAGGAUGGGGU